GUGGUUCCAGCGCUGCGCGCAGGCCGGUCCCGCAGGGGGCGGGGCGGGGCAGGGGGCCGGCCGGGCUGAGCAAGAGGAGGAUCGUGCAGCAAAUCACCAGGGUGGUCCAUUCAAGCUGCAGAUUUGUCUGUCAUCUUUGGACAGCAGGCUCGUCCUCCGCAGCCACUGCAGGAAAGUGCGUCACCCAUCAGCAUUCUGGAGCAAAAUGAGAGAGUUUAUUUUGAGGCCUCCAAAGUAGUGCUGCUACAGACCAUGAACAAGAAAGAGAAGACCUCCACCUGCACGAACGGUCUUGAAAUGCAAAUGGUCUUGGGUCUAGGCUUUUUGUGUUGAGUUUCUCUACUGUCUCCCCUUCUGCUCAAGCUAAAUCUGUGUGAAAAGAUCUGCUGGGAAGGAGCUGACUGCUUAUGAUUCUCCAUUGUGAUGAAAGCACAUGGUACAGUUUUCCAAAGAAAUUAGUCCGUUUUCUGGGUGAAGAGAAACCAAUCUGUUUUCACAGGGUACUUCUCCCUUCCCUGUGAAAGGAAGAAAGAACACGCCUGGGCCCAGGAGCGCUCCAGCUUCUUCUGGGAAGUCUCCAUGGUGAAGGACAGGUUGGGGCUACCUGUGAACCGUGCACAGUGAAUGUUAUUCCAGGGCGGCUGCUGGCGGAUCGCACCCACAGGGAGAUGAUUCCUCAUGAAGAGCCUGGAUCCCCUACAGAAAUCAAAUGUGACUUUCCGUUUAUCAGACUGAAAGCAGAGCCAGCCAGAGAGUGAAGCGGUCACCGUGGAGGGGGGACGGCGAAAAAUGAAAUCCAACCAAGAGCGCAGUAACGAAUGCCUGCCUCCCAAGAAGCGCGAGAUCCCCGCCACCAGCCGGCCCUCGGAGGACAAGGCCACGGCCGUGCCCAGCGACAACCACCGCGCGGAGGGCGUGGCAUGGCUGCCGGGCCACGCGGGCGGCCGGGGCCACGCGGGCGGGCGGCUCGGGCCGGCGGGGCCCCCGGCAGAGCUCGGUUUACAGCAGGGAAUAGGUUUACACAAAGCGCUGUCCGCGGGGCUGGACUACUCCCCGCCCAGCGCGCCCCGGUCCGUCCCGGCGACCACGACGAUGCCCGCGUACCCGCCCCCGCAGUCCGGGGCCCCGGUGUCGCCCGUGCAGUACGCCCACCUGCCGCAUACCUUACAGUUCAUCGGCUCUUCCCAGUACGGCGGGCCCUACGCCGGCUUCAUCCCUUCCCAGCUGAUCUCCCCCACCGCCAGCCCCGUCACCAGCGCGGUGGCCUCGGCCGCGGGGGCCGCCACUCCAUCCCAGCGCUCCCAGCUGGAGGCCUAUUCUACCCUGCUGGCCAACAUGGGCGGUCUGAGCCAAGCCUCGGGGCACAAGGCUGAGCAGCAGCAGCAGCACUUGGGCAGGACCGCGGGGCUCCUGCCCCCCGGGUCCCCACCCCCCACCCAGCAGAACCAGUACCUGCACAUCUCCGGCUCUCCGCAGAGCGCCGCGCGCCCGGCCUCCCCGCCGGCCAUCCCCGUGCACCUGCACCCGCACCAGACGAUGAUCCCGCACACGCUCACCCUGGGGCCCUCCCCGCAGGUCGUCGUGCAGUACACCGACUCCGGCAGCCACUUUGUCACCCGCGAGGCCACCAAGAAAGCCGAGGGCGGCCGGCUGCAGCAGGGCGUGCAGGCCAAGGAGAUCCUGAACGGGGAGAUGGAGAAGGGCCGCAGGUACGGGGCGCCCACCGCGGCCGACCUGGGCCUGGUGAAGGCGGGUGGCAAGGCCGUUCCCCACCCGUACGAGUCCAGGCACGUGGUGGCCCACCCCAGCCCCGCCGACUACGGCAGCCGCGACGCGUCCGGGGUGCGGGCCUCUGUGAUGGUCCUGCCCAACAGCAGCACCCCUGCCGCCGACCUGGAGGUGCAGCAGGUCACCCACCGAGAGGCCUCCCCCUCCGCCCUCAACGACAAAAGCGGCCUGCACCUAGGGAAGCCCGGGCACCGAUCCUACGCGCUGUCUCCCCAGCAGGCCCUGGGCCCCGAAGGCGUGAAGGCCGCCGCCGUCGCCACGCUGUCCCCCCACACGGUCAUUCAGACCACACACAGUGCUUCGGAGCCCCUCCCGGUUGGACUCCCGGCCACGGCCUUCUACGCAGGGACUCAGCCGCCCGUCAUCGGCUACCUGAGCAGCCAGCAGCAAGCGAUCACCUACGCCGGCGGCCUGCCCCCGCACCUGGUCCUCCCCGGCACCCAGCCCCUGCUCAUACCCGUGGGCAGCGCCGACAUGGAGGGGUCGGGUGCGGCCUCGGCCAUCGUCACGUCGUCGCCCCAGUUUGCUGCAGUGCCUCACACGUUCGUCACCACCGCCCUUCCCAAGAGCGAGAACUUCAGCCCCGAGGCCCUGGUCACCCAGGCCGCCUACCCGGCCAUGGUGCAGGCCCAGAUCCACCUGCCCGUGGUGCAGUCGGUGGCGUCCCCUGCAGCCGCGCCCCCGACGCUGCCUCCCUACUUCAUGAAAGGCUCCAUCAUCCAGCUGGCCAACGGGGAACUGAAGAAGGUAGAGGACUUAAAAACGGAAGACUUCAUCCAGAGCGCAGAGAUCAGCAACGACCUGAAGAUCGACUCCAGCACUGUGGAGAGGAUCGAGGACAGCCACAACCCGGGCGUCGCCGUGAUACAGUUCGCUGUCGGGGAUCACCGAGCACAGGUCAGCGUGGAAGUUUUGGUAGAGUAUCCUUUUUUUGUGUUUGGACAGGGCUGGUCAUCCUGUUGCCCGGAGAGAACCAGCCAGCUCUUUGAUUUGCCGUGUUCUAAACUCUCCGUUGGGGAUGUCUGUAUCUCGCUCACCCUCAAGAACCUGAAGAAUGGCUCUGUUAAAAAGGGCCAGGCCGUGGAUCCCGCCAGUGUCCUGCUGAAGCACUCAAAGACCGACGGCCUCGCGGGCAGUAGACACAGGUACGCCGAGCAGGAAAACGGGAUCAAUCAGGGAAGUGCCCAGAUGCUCUCUGAGAAUGGCGAACUGAAGUUUCCAGAAAAAGUAGGAUUGCCUGCCGUGCCCUUGCUCACCAAAAUAGAACCCAGCAAGCCCGCGGCCACGAGGAAGAGGAGGUGGUCGGCGCCGGAGAGCCGCAAACUGGAGAAGUCGGAAGACGAGCCACCUUUGACUCUUCCUAAGCCUUCUCUCAUUUCUCAGGAGGUUAAGAUUUGCAUCGAAGGCCGCUCUAAUGUAGUUUGUUCGUUUGCUGUUGGGAUGGCCGAUGAGCCAGUCUCCUUUUCCAUGGCCAGUCUGAAGGCCCCCUUUGGAAGCGCUGUUUACAGUCAUCCUUGCCGAGGUAACAUUCUGUCCUCUGGAAUAGCAAAUCUGAGCGGUUACCAAGCUGGGUGUGUAGGUUUCCUCUGCUUCUUACACGAACCCACCUACUCUUAAAUCAUCCGGUCCAGGAGUGGGGAGAAUUCUUUAGUCGGUGAACAUUAAACUUGAUACCUGUGCAUUCAGUUCUGUGAAUAACUGCCCUUUUGGCCUUUCGGGGAGGUUUCUUCCUCCUCAGCCUUCACUGCUCCCUGUAAACCCAAAUCAGUGUCAGCUGAAAGGCUCCAGUUGAGCCCAGCCAGUAUUCGUGGUGGCCUUCGGUUAAGAUGAGAGUCCUAAUUUCUAGCCAGUGUGGGGUCCUGGUCCCAGAGCCAUCUCUGAGAGUCGCACUGUUGUAUUUUUUAAUAUCAGCUCACGACCCACCAACCUCCCAAUCCUACGCCUCCCACCGGCCAAGGGAAAAGAGACACUAGCACUCUGAGGGCACUAUCAGACCGACAUGGCCAGUACAGAGGAGAACUAGGGAAGGAAUGAUGUUUUGCACCUUAUUGAAAAGAAAAUUUUAAGUGCAUACAUAGUUAAGAGCUUUUAUUGUGACAGGAGAACUUUUUUCCAUAUGCGUGCAUACUCUCUGUAAUUCCAGUGUAAAAUAUUGUACUUGCACUAGCUUUUUUAAAACAAAUAUUAAAAAAAAAUGGAAGAAUUCAUAUUCUAUUUUCUAAUCGUGGUGUGUCUAUUUGUAGGAUACACUCGAGUCUGUUUAUUGAAUUUUAUGGUCCCUUUCUUUGAUGGUGCUUGCAGGUUUUCUAGGUAGAAAUUAUUUCAUUAUUAUAAUAAAACAAUGUUUGAUUCAAAAUUUGAACAAAAUUGUUUUAAAUAAAUUGUCUGUAUACCAGUACAAGUUUAUUGUUUCAGUAUACUCGUACUAAUAAAAUAACAGUGCCAAUUGCAAAUGUGUCUUUGCCUUGUGUCAGGUCCUCGGAGAAAGACAAGGCUGAGGAUACGGCCGUAACUCCUCCCUCUUACUUAAUCCACUCUCAUCACUGGGUAGGUUUGUGGCGGGGAGGGUGACAUAAGGUGUUGCCUUUCCUACUAAUUUCGGAGGUGGGGAGAGGGUUGGUCUUGUUUGAGAUGAGAUUCUGAGAUACAAGGCAUGUUUCAGCAUCUGAC